UAGCAUCCUCACCCAGGAGUCAGGUUUCAAUCUCAGAUCCUUCCAUGUUCCUACCGAGUUAACAAGGACUUCUACUUUCCGACAUGGGGAUCGGGAGGCGCAUUAGUGAUAUGAUUCCCGCCCGUGUUGCGCUGGCGAUCAUCAGCGCGCUGGGGGCAACUAUGAUCUACAUGGUAAGGAUCAAUCUCUCCGUAGCGAUCGUCGAUAUGGUGGUUACCGUAUCAACUACAGAUGCCUCUAGUCGUGCCAAUGUUGUUCCGCACUGUUUCGAGGGUCAGGAAGUUGAUAGAAACAAGACGGAGAAUGCCCAUUUAAAUUCCAAGAAUCUUCUUGAUCUUAAUAAUACGACUUCUAAUAAACUAAAUUUUUCUGACGAACAGUACAAGGACAAGCUGUUCCUGACAAGCGGGGAGCGAGGAUCUGUCUUAGCUGCCUUUUUCUAUGGAUAUUUUCUGACAGGGAUCAUCGGCGGCCGACUUGCGGAAACCUACGGCACCAAAAUCGUCCUUGGAACCUCAGCGUUAAUCGGAAGCCUCCUGACUCUGCUGACUCCCGUGGCCGCGCGCACUCACUACGUCGCUCUCAUUGUUCUUCGGGUUGCCAUGGGGUUGGCGCAGGGCGUGUCAUAUCCCUCCAUGCAUGCGAUGGUUGCAAGAUGGGUACCCCCCUCUGAGAGGCCGAGGUUCACUGCCUUUGUUUACAUGUCCAGCUGUAUUGGGAUCAUAAUAACCAUGCCAAUGUGUGGUUUCAUUAUCGACGCUGUGGGUUGGCCGGCCGUUUUCUACGUCUGUGGGUGCAUCUCGCUCCUGUGGGUGUUCCUGUGGGUGGGCCUCAUGCACGAGAGUCCCCUGGUGCACCCUAGGAUAUCUGUCGAGGAACGAGAGUAUAUCCUGGACGGCAUCAAGGCAGGUGUGUCUGGAACGAAGCCAACCCACGUACCUUGGAAGCAGAUGCUCACCAGUUCCGCUUUCUGGGCGACGAUCGUAGGUCACGCGGGGAGUAUGUACGGCUGGAACCUUCUUGUGACUCAGCUGCCCACCUUCGUCAACAGCGUCCUGGGGUUCUCCAUCAAGAGCAACGGCCUGCUCUCCUCCCUGCCUUUCCUGACGCGCUACCUCGGUGGGAACAGCCUCAGCUGGCUCGGAGACCUCCUGGUGGCCCGGGAGUGGCUGCAGAAGAGGAACUCUCGCAGGCUCUUCACGUCUAUAGGCUUAUGUGUCCCCGCCGUGAUGCUGGCCAUUGUAGGAUACGUGGGAUGCAACAGCGCGGCCGCCAUGACCAUCCUAUGUAUUGGAACGUUCUCCAAUGGCGCGACUGUAUCCGGAUACGUGGCCAAUCAGCAUGAUAUUGCACCCAACUUCGCCGGUACUAUGUUGGGAAUUAGCAACAUGUUUGCCUUCGCAGGAGCUAUGUUGGCUCCCAUUAUAGUAGGCGUUUUGACACCUGACCAGACUCCGGGCCAGUGGCAAUCAGCGUUCUGGGUGGCCACCGUGAUCUACAUCGUUGCUGCAACAUUUUUUUUCGUCGCGUGUUCCUCCGACUUGCAACCUUGGAACUUCGUGGGUUCUGGAGGCGUGGAGGGAGCCAAGGAGAGAGAGGAGGGCAUGACCUUCCUGCGGGAGAGGCAGAAGGUGCAGGUGGUGGCCAAGAAAGAGCGGAGUACGCAUUGUUAAGAUCCGGAAGAAGAUAGGCUUAUAGUUUUUUUCUCUUGUUAAGUAGGCUUCUAAAUAUUUUUCUUUUUGUAGAAUGGUUUUCUUUCAAUUUAUUUUUUGAUCGAAUACAGUGAAUGUAUAUAAUCAUCUACUGAGCAAUUCAUUUGUGAUGAAUUUAACUAUAUCUUUGUAAAAUAUUCGUUGCAUCAGA